CCCCGCCCCCCGCCCCCACUCGAAACAACCCCGCAGGGCAGCGACCUUCGCUUCGCUUCUCCUUCAGCCGCUUCUCUGUUUCCUCUUUUCUCCCCGAACACGAGUCGGUCUCUCUUCGCUUGUGCUCAGAAGAGCCGUUAGAUAAGCGAGUAAACAUGGCGAGCCAGUCGCAGGGCAUCCAGCAGCUGCUGCAGGCGGAGAAGAGGGCCGCGGAGAAGGUGGCCGAGGCCCGCAAACGGAAGAACAGGCGUCUGAAACAGGCAAAGGAGGAGGCUCAGGCGGAGAUCGAGCAGUAUCGCCUACAGAGAGAGAAAGAGUUCAAGACCAAGGAGGCAGCGGCACUGGGUUCCCACGGCAACAGCGCGGUGGAGGUGGACCGUGAGACGGCGGAGCGCAUGAGUCGCAUCCAGGCCAGCUACCGUGGCAACCGCGAGGCUGUGCUCGGCGACCUGCUGCGUCUCGUCUGUGACAUCAAGCCCGAGUUCCACGCCAACUACCGCGUCGCCGGCUAGACGGGAUGGAUGGGCGACCCGAAAAAUCGAACCGAUGUCCUCCCCGACACCACCGCAAGCGAUCGUUCGACAUUUGGGGGGGGGGGGGGGGUUCAUAUCUACUGAUGUGUAAUUUACUGAGCUGGACUGAGCUCCCCGUCACGAUGUCGCCUUCGUUAGUUAGUGACCAGCUUGUGAGGUUUCUGUCAUUUCCGUGUACGUGGAGUUUAUUUAUAAUUGAUUGUAAAACUUGGCAAUUCUGUUGUUUUGUCUGUUCGCAGAGACCAACAUUUGUUGUUUGUUGUCUGUUGUUUGUCGCUGUACCUGGAGGCCGGCCGGUCCCGAGGGCCAACACAAACAGUGCUCGUAAACAUUCUAAAUAUGAAACAUUGAAUACGCCGAAAACCUCGAAACGCUGAAAUGAUUGAAUAUCCCUGGAACUUGACAAGGUUUAGUAAUGUUAAGGUAUUUAGAAAGUACAAAUUUAACUUUUAAAAGCGGCAGCCGGCCAACAUACUCUUACUGUCCCAGUCUUUGUGUUUUGGGCUGGGGAAGGGGACCCUCCAGACUCCUGCUUGAUUCCCUGUAAACCGUGAAAUGUAUCAAAAUAUGAAAAGUGGUUAUUAAAUGUUUUAAUGAUUCAA